AAUAACACCAGAUUUCAGUCCACCAAAUCAAUAAUUUUGUUUGAUGUUUACACACCUGUGGAUACUUUAUUUGAUUCUGAGGUCUGUGUUUUUUCUCAUCCAUCUUCAACCAUCAUAUUUUGUUAUCUUGUCAAGAUUAAACUAAUUCAUAUCUUCUGAUUAUAUUUUAGGACAACAAGAUGCAAGUGUACUGUGAUGGCUGUUUUCUGUGAGCUUUAUUAAAUACUACUGGUCUAAUUUUCUUUCUUACUAUUUUUGGGUUGUUCUUUACAAGGUGAUCUAGGUAAGUUUCCAAAAGAUUUGGAAACUAAAUAGAUUCAAGAUUUGAUAUUUCUUCAUCUGGGUAUUUGUGAGUUUCACAAAUUCUUGAUUCUUGGCUCAAAGGGUAUUCAAGAUUUGAAAACCCCUCAUUUGAGUAUCUCUGGUUUUGAAAAAGUCUUGAUUUUUAGCUCAUAGGGUAUUCAAGAUUCCACUUUUAUGAUCUGGGUCAUUAGUGUUUGAUAAAUUUGUUAAAUUAAACAGACAAAAUGGUUGCAGGAAAUAACCUGUUCUAUCCAAUAGUUGGUUUUGCUUCAUGUGUUGCUUUUUUAUAUAUGUCAUUUGGUGACUUGUGGGCUGAUUUUGGUGAUCAUUCUGAGCAAAUUGGGAGUUUUGUGGAAAGAAAUGGGACUCAUUUCAUGGUAGACGGUAGAGUUUUUUAUGUUAAUGGUUGGAAUUCAUACUGGUUGAUGGACGAUUCCGUGAAUGAAUAUAGCAAGUACAGAGUCAAAGCUAUGUUGCAAGCCGGUGCAAAGAUGGGUCUGACUGUGUGUCGAACUUGGGCUUUUAAUGAUGGUGAUUACAAUGCGCUCCAGAUUUCACCAGGUCAAUUUGAUGAGAAAGUAUUCAGGGCACUGGACCAUGUCAUAGCUGAAGCCAAGCAACAAGGUGUCAGGCUUCUCCUUGCUUUAGUGAAUAAUUUGCAAGCUUAUGGUGGUAAGACUCAGUAUGUCAAGUGGGCAUGGGAAGAAGGCCUUGGUUUAACAUCUUCUAAUGAUUCAUUUUUCUAUGAUCCAUCUAUUCGCCGCUAUUUCAAACACUAUUUAAAGACUAUUUUGACUAGAAAGAACUCUUUAACCGGGAUUGAGUACAGAGACGAUCCCACCAUUUUCGGUUGGGAAUUAAUUAACGAACCCCGUUGUGUUACCGAUGCUUCAGGAAACACUCUACAAGACUGGAUACAAGAGAUGUCAACCUUUUUGAAAGCAAUUGACAGAAAGCACCUACUAACUGUGGGUCUUGAAGGAUUCUAUGGCCCUAAAAGUCCAAAAAGAUUAACCGAGAAUCCAGAAUGGUGGGCAUCAGACCUUGGAACUGAUUUUAUUCGCAACUCCAUGCUCCCCACCAUCGACUUUGCAUCUGUUCAUAUAUAUCCUGACCAUUGGACUCAUGUGCAAGAUCUUGAGUACAAACUAAAAUUUGUUUCCACAUGGAUGCAAUCUCACAUUGAAGAUGGUGACAAGGAGCUUAUGAAACCUAUCAUGUUCACUGAAUUUGGAUUAUCCAGCGAGAACAAAGGUUUCGACCCAGCCCAGCGAGACAGGUUCUACAAAAUAGUUUUUGACAUUAUAUACAAAUCUGCAAAGGAGAAAGGGUCCGGAGCAGGAUCUUUUGCAUGGCAAUUCUUUGUCGGAGGAAUGGAAGACCACAAUGAUGAAUUUGGAAUAGUGCCAUGGCAGAGACCAUCUACAUAUAAGCUAAUAACUGAACAAUCUUGCCGACUAGCAAGGAUACAAGGAGUCAUACCCUUGCAAACGCAAUACUUGAAACAAUUGUGUUCACAUUGAUCAUGAAAUAAUACUUUGUUCGAGUGUUUCUAUGCUUAAAAACUGAGUUAUGUAGCAUGGUGUGGGUUGAGAUUAGUUUUGUACCACAUUCUUCAUAAUAGGUAUAUGUAUAAUUCUUUUUGCUUUGGAAGGAAAGAAGAAAUCAUUGCUUUGCAUCA